AAACACAUAAUGGAAAACAGAGAAAACGAAUUUUCGAAUGAAGAAUUAGAGAUUCAGAAUGAACCAAAUUUUAGAGAAAACUCUGGCCCACUUGAAGGCUUUUUCGGAGUUCUGAAAGGUGCUUUAUGAGGAGUUGACCAAGAGCAGAUUGAUGAUGAGGAACAAUCUAGUUUUGAUGUGGAGAGACAGCGUAGACAGUUUGAGAGGCAGCUCAGGAGAGCUGAGCUCCGCAGACUCACUAACGAAACCGAAGAUGCCAAACAAGCCAAGAUGUAUAACAAAGAGCAUAAAAUGCUUGACAAACAAGACAAGAAAGAGCAACGCGAACUCAAACUCGAACAGAAGCGACUCAAGAAGCUUGAGAAAGAACUUUUGAAACUUGAAAAAGCCAGACUCAAACAACAGAAGGCAGAAAUGAAAGCACAGAAGAAGCUUGAGAAGCAAAGACUCAAAAAACUCAGAGACAAAGAGAAGUUAGAGAAGAAGCUGCAGAAGCAAGCCAGCAAGCAGCAUAAACUCGGAAGGAUCAACAACGUCCAAGUUGAUGUGACAGGAGCUGUUUCUGAGUCUCCAAUCGAGGAGUCUAAAGAAUCUGAUAACCUCGAGUCGAGUCAUUCCAGCGAUGAUGAGUCACAAGUUGACCAGGACAUGGAUGUCUCAAGGUCAGAUGAGAGCAACGAAGAUAUAUCCGAUGAAGGGAGAAAAGUAGACUCAGUAAGAGCAAAAUCAAUAGAAGCACAAAUACAAGAGUCACUCAGCAGAAAUAAAGAUCUUGCAAAAAUGUUAAAAUUGGCUCAAGAUUUAAAUAAAGAAGAAAAGCGAAAGAAAAGACUGGAAAAUCUAAACAAGCAAAAGAAACCUGUGUUGACUCCUCAUGAGAAACUCAUUAGUGAUUUCCUAAAAUCACAGAUAAAAUUUCGCAAAAUGGUUUGAAGCAAAAAGGACCUUGAUAAGUGUAAUCUUGAUGAAGACAGGAAACAACUCAUUAUUGGGAUCAGAGAGAGUCUUGGUAAAGUCUCUAACGACAAAGUGAAAGAGAAUCGUAAGAAGGGACUGGAGCUGAUUGCCAAGAUAGACAACCAGAAAUUGUUCGUUUACACUUCAAAAAAGAUUGGUCCAGAAGAGGAUGCUUGGAAAGGACAUGCCCCAGCUGAAGAGCCCCAGACACACUUUAGGGUAGAUGAUACAACUUGAACCCUCUGCUUAGACCAGUUCCUUCCAGAUGAUGUGCUCAGGAGCAUCAAUACAUGAGGCCAUGUCUUCCAUGCCGAAUGAUUUGAAGAACAUGUGCUUUACUGCGGGAGAUACAGGGAUUGUACAUGCCCAAACUGAAGAGGAGCUAUUAUGUAACAGAUAUCAGUUUUAGAGUGAACUCCCUUCCAAUUAUUCCCAUAAUUUAAGCUUGCCAUUCAAACUCUGUUUUAAAUGGUGUUUUGGAGUCGAAUCUUUAGCUCGAAUACAUCGAAACUAGAGAGUACUUCCUGAACCAGUAAAGUCCACUGUGUAGCACUUAGGAAAUAACACGGCUUAUUUAGGGAUUUACUUGAGCUAAAGUAUUUAUCCCCUGAGAGAUAUGUGUUUAGUAUUCUUAACA